GAAGCAUAAAAAAUAAAAAUGUUUCCGCCUUCCUUCUCCCUCCAUAGAAUCAAAAUUACAAAAACCAAUAUUUUCCACACCAAAAUUCCCUCCACGAAGAGAAACGAAGCAAACAUCCGAAAACAACUUGAAUUGAAAAAAUUUCACUUCCUCCCCUCCAAAACCCACCAUUACUUAUGUCCCAUCCAUCCUUCUCCUCCCUCUCAACACCAAAUGCUUAUGGCUGCUCUCUCCAUUUCUGAAAAUGACAACAAGGAGAACAUCUCUCCUUUCUCCUCCAAAACCCCUCUAUCUCUUCUUCCAAAAUCUUCAUCCUCCAUCAUCAAAAAACCAAGACCAAGGAAACCUCUUCAAGACAUUACCAAUCUCCUUCUCCCUCAAAUCUCUUCUAGUCUGCCUCCACCCAAUGCUGCAAAUCUGGUUUCUCCCCAAGCUUUGGUAUACCAACCACAAUGGAGAAAGAGGCGAGCUGGAGAUGGGCACCAAUCAAAUUGCAUGAAGUCUCGUUUUGUGUAUAAAUGUAUAAACCUUAGAUAGUUCCAAACAUCGAUACACACAGUGCACUGUCUUCAUUCUUUUCUCAAUUACUUCAUCUCUUCAAUAUCAAAAUAUAACUUAUUUUUAGACUAAUAAUAUUACCGUUUUAUGUUUUGUUCCAUGUUUUCGGAUAGACGCGUUAAUGAGAAAAGAAUAUAGCCAAACCCAGAAGAGACUUUAACUAAUAAA